UGUAAGGGUUUGUGUCAUUGUAUUGUUAUGUGUAUUUUCAAAUUUCGCCUACCGUUGAAAUUUGAAACUAUAAAUUUGUAAAGCGGCACGAAGCAGUCAUAAGUUUUCAAUAACUGCUGAAGUGAGCGCGGGAUGUCUUCAGCAUUCUUAUAAAUAUCUAAGAGGCAGUCUAUCAAUGUAAAUCUUUGAAGAUUAUAUUGGGGACAGUCAAAGAAAAUGUGAUCAAGAGCUUGGAUGGAUAAAUUACAGAAUUGACAAGUUGGAGAAUCUAAAACACCGAUCCUAAAUAAAUGAGCACCACUACGAGAAUGUCCCAGACGUAACCGACAAAUUGUGGUGUAAAAUUUUCUGUGGACAUUUAAGGAUAGAAGAAUGGAUGAUAAUUGUUCUAAAUCAACAUUAUUAAAUGCUCCUACAACAUCCAAAAAAACACCAGCCAAUAUCUUAUUGUCAAUCUGGGCACUAUGGAUGUCAAGACAUAAAUGCCGUAUACUCUCACAAGCAGAACGACCGCAUCGAAAUCCAAAUUGAUUAUUAGUGCAGAUUGAGCAACGCUGAGCAUUCUUACAGAAUUUAGCCAAGUGGUCAAACCUAAGGCAUCGGAAAUACUGCUUAACUGGCGGCACAUAAGGUCGCACUGGUAGACGCCACAUCUUUAAGUGAACGUAAUCUGGGAGUGAAGUAGAUGACGCAAAGGUAGCGUAUCACAAAUGUGGUGUACGAAAGUGACCAAAGUCUAACACCUUUUUACCAAGUUUUCCUUUAGAUCCUGAUGGCUCAAGCACUAAGCAAUAGGAUGGCUGCAGUUUUGAAGAUGAUGGUGGGGAGCAGUUCAAAUUUAGAAUAUAUUUACAACACUGCAUGUGCUAUUGAAGAAAUGGACAAACUUUUCGACUGCACUAAUGGACGAGCGUCACCAAAGGACGUCAAAAAAGGCAUUUGGCUAAAUGUAUCAAAAUAAUCAGAAAAUGACGAACCUUGGAAUUAUUAUUUAAAAUAUACUAGCUGCCCCGACAGACGUUGUUCUGUAAAUAUAAAAAAAAACAACUGUUUUAUAUUUCAAAACAUCAAAAAUUAUUUCGUAAAUAUGCUCCCUGUUGUUAGAAUGAAAUUGUUUCACAGCGGAACUGUCAAACCGUGCGUCACUAAAUUCUCUCAUAGAAAAUAUGUCCAUACAAAACAAAUAUUGAAAAUAAAAAUAUUUAUGGGUCCCAAAUCGAAAUAAUAACUACCCUAUCUCUCAAGUUGGACCAAACUGCACUCCAUGAAGUAAUCACCAUUAAAAUCCGUUCAUUAGUUUAGGAGUCCAUUGAGGACAAACAUUGUGACACGAGAUUUAUAUAUAUUAAGAUUGACAAAGUAAAAUGUUUAAAAAUCUUACUUGCAAAUUCAAUCUCGAAAUGUGUGUUGCAUUAAAGGUUUUUUUAAACAUCUUUAAAAUCAUUGAAAGGUAUUUGGCAUUUUCUUAAUAAAGGCUAAUUUAAAAUAUUUGUAUUUACGCAACUUAAACCAAGAUUCCUUGAAUAAUUGGUUUGUUAACAUAAGACAGUACAGGGCAACAAACAGAAAUACCAUGUGUAAGGCUGCUUUAAAAUCCUGUGUAAUCUCACGUUUGUCAGGUCGGCAGACCCAUGAUUCAAAUUGUGAAGUUGAUUAUCCAAAUUCUGUACCAAAUGUAGAUUCAGGGAGUGAUACUUACAUUUGUUACCCUGUGCUGUAUUUGCCUGAAGAUUCAGAAAUGGAAUAUUUUGAAAGUUCACUCUGCAGCUUUGAACAGCAACCAGUUGUAUAUUAUGUUAGUGGGUACUUAGCUGCAAGAGUCUUUACUAAAUUCAACUGUGAAUGUUGUGAUUUUUUUGGAAGAGGUCAACCCAGAUAUGGAAAAUCCUCUUUAUUACAUUACAUAUUUAUGCACUAACCUAUUCAAAAAAGGAAUUGUGUAAUCUACUAAAUAAAGCAAAAAAUAUAUUACACAUUUGCCAGUAUUCUAUCUUACUACUAAGUACAUGCUGUAAUAUGUCAUGGUUUAAAUGUGAAGUUCAUUGUUACGGAGUUAAGGUCGAGAUUUGUUUGAGGUGAUUGAUUUUAAAGAAAACACGUGCAGUUGAUUCAAUGCUGUAUUGGACACAAAUGUAAAAACAAAGUAUUACAAGUUACAACGCUUGCAUAUAACUAUAACUAGCUAUUGAAAACGGAUCGCACAUUCAUUAUAACAAUGUAACAGAUAUUUAUUUAGUUUAAUAGGCGAACUCUUUAUAAAAGGUCAUGUGUGUUUUUGUGAAAUUCAAUAGUAAUUUAUUCGAGAAUGUUUGUGACACCAACCCUCAAAGAACCCACAGGGAUCCAAAUAGAUUUUUAUUCGAUGAAAUCCCACUGACCUUGCAGUAUGAUAAAAGCUGCCAUGCUAUGAGUAUCAGA